UGUAUUUAUGAAAUACAUUAUUAUAAUGUUGAUGUAAACAAAAAAAAGUGUUUACAGUUAUGUAUAAUUUUGAAAAUAUAUUUGAUAUUAUACCGCUAUGUGCCUUUGACCGAGACAGCUGACUCUGUGUAGAUGCGAAUAAAUGGGGCAUUGUCCUGCAAACAUGUCUCAUCUGUCCUCUUUUUAUUUUUUUUCUAUGUAAAUAUCUAAGCUGCCUUGCAGUGAAUUUACCCCGAAGCUCAUUUUCUAACUGAUCUAAGUGCAUCCUUUGUGUUAGAGGGCUGUUAUUUGUGAACAUCUUGUGUCUGGGGUCGCUGACACAGCUCCACCAAAACGAGGUCAGAUGAUACGUUUUCCUUGGGUGCAUGGGUGAGUUAGCUGAAUGAGAAAUGAGAGCUCAGGUGUGCUCUGGCCAUGCUCCAUAAUAUGUCUGCUGUUUGUGUGAUAAGGCACUAAUUUCAGUAUGUUAUUGUCUAAGAGCUCAAGGUUGUCUGGUCUUGGGUACACGGAGUCCCUGAUGCGGCCAGAGGAGAACCUAUAGCUGAAAUAGUGAAGAGGAGGGUUAGAGGAACAAUUCUUCAUUCUCCUGUUUCACCAUCCAGACCUAAGACCAUGUUUAAACUGCUCAACUGUGUCUGUCUGUGCUGGAUUUCUGUGUCCGUCCUUCUACAUGGAUUGGAAGCCUUUACUUUUAACAUUUCAACCCAGAAUCAGCUUCCAAAUGUGUCUGUUGUUCAAGACCCGGAGGAUACCGGCUGGGAUUCACCAUUUCUUCAGCUGAGAACCAGUCUACUGUCCCUCUUGAAGCCAAUCCGUCCAUACAAUCUGUUGACAAACACUGAAGAUUAUCACCACCUGCCCAGACCCAGACAUCACCGGCCCUCUCACCUUCUGCGUCUUCUGGGAUCCUCUUUUGACCCAUUCUGGAUGUCCGUAGAGCAGCCAUUUGAGGCCUCUGUGGGUCCUUUGUUGCACGGAGACACGCCGCCUGCCAAAUUACCCAACUACCCUACCAUCAAAGAGAAGUCUUACCUGAGUUCUUCUCCAGAGCUGCGAGAGUCUGGAGCAAGCCAUCGGAAGAAGCUGGAGAAGGACGCUGCUGGUCUGGACUUUGGUUCUCUACCUUCAGACAUUGCCAGUUCAGUUCGAUCCUGGCUGGUGCGCUCUGCCACAUGUGAAUUAUACUACCAAUGGAUGGAUCUGGGCCCAGCUUUCUGGCCUCGUUGGCUGCGGCAGACUGAUUGUGAAAGAUCAGGCAGAGUGCGAAGUUGCUCCUUUCCCAGUGGGAUGGAGUGUGUGAGAGCUCAGACAACACACAUAAAGAUUCUGGCUUGGCAUUGCCUGGAAAUCAGAGAUGGAGGCGAUGGAUCCAGAAAGAUUGUGGGUGAGAGGUAUAAUGGCAGCACAGAAGUGGGGACAACUGAGGCAAUGAAAAGGUGUUUAUGGAGGAAAGUUUUUUUCAGCAACAUCACUCUUCUCCAGUCACUCUGAUUGACAACCAGAGUCCACCCUGUGGUUGGAUUGACAGUCCAACCACAGUCCUCUAUUGAUGUUUUAUGGAAGCAGCUGCAAAGUUAGGUGCCUAUAUAGUGAGGAAGUUCUAUACAGGCUACUCAUUCCCUCCGUGUCUCUGCUCUGAAAUAUGUCAGCCUUUCUGUCACUUGCUUUCCUCUGUAAAAGUCAGGUAAAUGUCUGAUAUCAGUAAUGCUAAACUGUCAUUGCUAAAGCCCAGUAGUCUCAUAUUUCUUAUGGGUUGUGCUGAAUUCAGAUCAUAUGGGCAAUGAUGUAUCAGUGGUUUCGGUAAACUGCAGACUUUUCGACUCUCUUUUUUUUUUCCCCCUUUUUUGCAAUUACAAUGGGUUUAAAGUGUGACAUGCAAGUUAAUGUUUUACAGCAAUGACACAUUAUAAUGUCAACUGCAACCAGAAAAAUCCAAGAGAAACGUUUGACCUGUUGUGCCCUUUCAAAUGUAUUUUUGUGAUAAGUUGUUUGUUUUGUCUGUCUAACAUAGUCUCUAGCAGUGUAAAUAUGUUUAGGAUGUUGCAGAAAGUAUCUGCUUUUCUUUCAAAUGACAUUAAUAAAACAGGUUGUAGCUGCGAUGAUGAUUUUUUUUUUUUGGUGUUUUUGAUGUCUACUAAAUCUUCAUUGCUCUACAUGAGUGCUUGGCAUUCUAAAACAAAAAACAAAAAACAAACUUGAAUAUAUGAAAAUUAUCACACGCUUGUUUAGAUUUCCUUUGUUGGUUUUGUUUGAA